CUGGCUCAAACCUAGCUAUAGGGGAGACUAACGAGUCACGAAAGCCGUGCUGUUAUAUAAAAACUAGUCCAACGUCUUCUAGAGGUCUUACUCAGGCUGGCGAUCUGGACAUGUCGCCGUAACUUGUACAUAUUACUAUCCCGCAUCACUCGUUCUCUUCACUAUUCUUCUUCAGCACCAUUCCUUGUACGAUCAUCAUCAGUGCCCAUGUCUUGGAACGCGUCAGUCCUCAGCACCGUAUCCUCUGAUACAGAGCCUACUGUUGUCAUCACCUUUGACUCUGCCAAGUACAUCUUUAAUGUCGGUGAGAACUCUACCCGCGCGUUUCUCCAGAGCAGGAGGAACUGGAAGAAGACCAGAGGCGUGUUCUUGACUUCUGUAGGCACCCAGCGAGCAAGUGGCCUUCCUGGUUUAUUGAUGACUUUUGCGGACUCGGGGCUUACCAGUCUCAAUGUCGCCGGGCCGGCUGGACUGUUGCACUUCAUGGCAGCUAUGCGCAAAUACACAUUUAGGGAAAAUCUCUCUGUGAACCCGAUCGAAAUACCUACUGCCCAUCUCCUGGAUGAAUCGCCUGACGAUAUACCCAUCUACAAGGACGAUUAUAUUUCUGUGUUCGCAUUACCAGUUUAUGCUGAUGCCCAGUCACCGGAAGUGGCCUCGGGAUCGGUCACAUCGUCGCAUCGUGACACCAAUGUCGUCAAUAAGAAAUCGGGAAAGAGGAAGCGUUCGCCUUCCCCUACUGGACCGUCGCUACAGGAAGUUAUAUCUCACUCUGACUUCGACCCUACCAUGCUCGUCGGUGACACGGCACAGGAAUGGCUUCGACACAUCGUACGCACAAUGUUCCCCGGGUCUGCCGUCAAACCCGCUGUUUUGCCCACGACGGACGGGCGUGUCACCCAACCACAAGGAUUCAACCGUCCCUUACCUUCGCUUUCCGCGUGCAAUCCACGUGCAGCGCUCGCAUAUGCGGUGGUUGGUCCGCGAGUUCGGGGAAAGUUUGAUGUCAAGCGCGCGGAUGCGCUCGGUCUGAAAGCUGGACCAUUGCGUGCACGGGUUGCAAGGGGAGAGACGGUAACUGUUAUGGGCAGUGAUGGGGUGGAGAGAAGUGUUGGACCUGGUGAUGUUGUAGGUGCCAGUGAGGAUCCUGGGGUCGUAUUAAUCCUGGACACGCCCAGCACUGCACAUAUACCUUCUCUAGUCAGGGGCUUUGAGAGUGGUUCAUUCUCGAAAUAUUGGGGCAAGGGUCAGGAGAAGAAAGACCAUGCACUGAGGGUUGUUUUUCAUCUCUGUGGCGAUGAUGUAGUUGAGCAUGAGCAGUAUAAGGCGUUUAUGAAAGGUUUCAAGGACGAUGUACAUCAUAUCGUUGCAUCUAGAGACCAUGUGCCAGAUCCGAUCACAUUUACCAGCGCAGCGUUCAACCAGCUGAGGCUCAACCACUUGGAUAGCGACAUUUUCCCCGUGCCCAAGUAUUCUCUAGAGGCUCGGAAAGCUCUUGAUACCACGGAUCACCCAUCCAACACCGACUGCAUGCGUGCGCAUACCAUCAUCGACAUUCGUCCACCACGGCCACCACUGCGAGACGCUGAAGCUGAGGCGAAUGACCUCUUUCACCCGGCUGUAUUGUCCGGCGAGCCCCCAACUCUCUCUGAUGCUGCGCGAACGCAAUUUUCCGAAGCACAAGCGCGUGUCAACGAGGCUACAGUGCCUGACGUCAUUGGUAAGGACGUCACGGUGGUUACCCUUGGAACAGGCAGUGCCGUACCUAGCAAGUACCGAAAUGUUUCUGGUACGCUCCUACAUAUCCCGGGAGCAGGGUAUAUUCUCCUGGAUGCAGGAGAGGGCACGUGGGGGCAACUCGCAAGGAACUAUGGUGCUGGUGUGUGGGAUGUUUUGAGGGGCCUGAAGUGUAUCUUCAUAAGCCACAUCCACGGGGACCACCACAUUGGUCUUGCAAAGAUCUUGGCUAUGAGACAGAAGCUUGACCCGCCCCCAGAAGAACCACUUUACCUCAUUAGCAAUCGCAUGGUAUUCCUCUAUCUUCGAGAUUACAACGCGCUCGAGGAGCUCGGGUUCUCGAAGGAUGCACGGGCCUGUGUGAUACCUAUCCUGAGUGAUGAGAUUCAUUGGCGAAACAAGGGACGGGGUGGGUGGAAUCACGGUGACGAAGAUCAAAAGGGAUCGAGGCUUGCAGCAGGAGAGUUGUGCAAGGCGCUGGGAUUGCAGAAAAUUCAUACCGUUGAUGUAGAGCAUCGGGCGAGGUGUCACGGGCUGAUUGUCAAGCAUGUGGAUGGGUGGUCUGUCGUGUUCUCAGGUGAUACAGUCCCAACUCAGAAGCUCGUGCAAGCAGGGACUGGAGCCACUCUACUCAUUCAUGAAGCGACCAUGGCCAACGAUCAAGUUGAAAUGGCCCGUGCCAAGAUGCACAGCACCUUUGGGCAGGCAAUCGACAUAGGCAAGCGCAUGAACGCAGAAAUCAUCCUCCUUACACAUUUCUCAGCCCGCUACCCCAAAAUGCCACCUUCUGUAUCUGAGCGUCAAGCUGGCGACCCUGUUGUCGCAUUCGCAUUCGACCAUGCUAACAUCAAGAUAGGCGACAUGUGGAAGAUGGGCGCAUAUGCACGUGCGAUUGAGCAGAGUUUCAUUGACAUUGCCGAUAUUGAAGGAGAGGAGUCAGAAGCGAUUGACUCAGCACAAGGACGACGUUUUACGCAGAAAACAAAGCCCUCUUCACUGCCGUGGAAUUGUGCCAGAGGUUUGUGCCAGAUAUUAAGCAGAUGCUGGACCAUCUGGCCUCCACUACUGGAAUUCGAAAAACAUAGCAAGAAGUGCGUGGGAGUGCGAGAAUGCAAGUUGGUCGGAAUCAGUAUCCUUUGUCUCGUCAUUUUCAUUGGCUUUCAUAAUUGAUUUGUGUAGGGCUGUGCUAGGCUGCGCUCUGAUGUACUUAUCAUGAUUCUAAGCAGCCACUUAUCUCAGACGGGUGAGCGGCGUUCUGAGCGGAAACCGUUGGAUCAAUAGGUCCACGUCCUCGAGCUCGUUCCGGAUAUCCUCUUUCGAAUGCAAGUCGCCAUCCUAAAUUUGCAAUUCCUUGUUCAGUCGAUAUCCGUUGUCCUCGUUGCAAUGGGUGUCCUCGUUCCCACCCCCGUGACGUACCUAUAUGCCAGUCUUCCAAUUCAGGCCUGUGCCACUCUUCGUAUUAUAGAAAGUUCUGAUUCAAUCUGUAUCGCAAGUGGCCGCAGCUGUGCCACAGGAGUGGUUCCUGCUGAUAGUCCCCAG